GGAGCAGGAUCAGGAAGGAGAGCGAAAGAGAGCAGAGAAGGAGAAAGAAGAAACAGAGAGAGAGAGGGCUUCGUGCAGUGGCAGAUAGUACAGGAGCAAGUCGCGAUUCCCCAGGAAAUGGGAGGUGCAUCCUUCCAUCUUCUCAUUGGGGAUUUAAACUAGCUUAAGAUUGGCUUCUGACAGAGGAUUCCCCCGCUUGUGGAGUACGGCUCUCUCCUCUACAGUAACACUCGACUUUGUUGUGAAGCCAGAGAGGCGCACAGGAAGGAGGGAGAGGGACACUUGCUAUUACUUCCUUUGUACCCAACCAGCUUGACAGAUGGCACUGGCAGAAUGAUCUUUGACUCUCACCCAGCGACCAGCCCUCGCUCCACUCAUUGAGGAGACAGCUACACACUGACUGGCACAAGACGGACCUCGGCAUCCACCAGCAUGGGCACAACCCAGAUCAGACAGUGUCUUCCUCUGCUGCAGCAACUUUAAAAUGAGCACAAAGUGACCACGUACAGCCUCCACACCUUGACACACAUGAUCAGCAUCAAUAUUCAAGGGCUGACGGUCGGUGCCUUCCUCUUUAGCAUUAGCAACAGCAGCUAAGGUAACAGCUUUGGAAGCUUGGGCUGUAGCCAAUGUAUAAGUGUGUGUGUGUGUGUGUGUGUGUGUGUGUGUGUGUGUGUGUGUGUGUGUGUGUAACUUGGCCUGCCAGUCCCUGGGGAGGACCAGCAAAGGACUUGUGUUACACUCCCUGACAGGCCUUAUACAUGUUUCAUCUGCUGGUCUCAGAACAGAAGCCCUCUUUGUUAUCUAAUCCAGCCCUCUUCUACCCAGCCAGAGAGACUGAGUUUACUGCCACUGGACUGCUCUUCACAGUCUGUCAGUCAGCCACUGAACUGAUACAUAUCAACCAACAGCUUAGGAGCAGGAGAAGGACUUGGUCAGGCCCAAGACAUCUGCUAUCAGUACUUCUCAGCAAGUCUUUCAAUCCAUUGGCUGGCACGUGGAGAGGGCUUUAAAAUAAACAACAGGAACUGAGGGGACCAAGGUCCACCAAAGAUUGUUAGGAAUCUAAACUGUGCCUCAUCUGUUCAGCACUAAACCUCAACCUUUCUGUAGCUAAGAGCCCUUCAAGCUUUAAAACUGCAGAGUUUGCUAUUCUUGUAACCAAGGAUCUAAAAAAAGAAGUGCUUUAGGGGUUGUAUUUGCAUUUUAGAAAACUAGUCAGGACCAUGAGUGACACUCUUAGACCCCCUUCGCUCCAGGUGAGCGUCCCAAACGAUGCCCCGGCAUACUCAGACGGAGGAAGCAACGCCGUGUCAGAUGGCUCCAUGCGAUCCAGCUCCUCAACUCCGACGCUCCGCCGUAAGCGCUUCAAAAUGCGGCGCAUGAGGAACGUGCCCAGCGAGAAGGAGAACGAAAGGGGGCGGCUAACUGUCGGUCACCUUACGGCCCGAUCCCGCUCAGGCUCCAAGGAGUACCUCCAGCUGCCUUCCAUUGAGAUCACGCCAUCCAGCGACGAAGACGCCCCUUCAUCCUGGUCGCGCUGCUCCACACCCAGCGCCUCUCCGCGCCGUAAGCGUUUCCUGUUGAGGAAGUGGCUGAAGGUCCGAGAGAGGAAGGAGCAAGUCAGUGAGAGCAGCAGCCAGCAGAGCAGCCUGCAGAGCAGCCAUGAAGAUGACAACAGUCGCUUCUUGACUCCAUUAAUCCGAGAGGAGAGAUCUGACAGUGCAGCGGACAAAAUCAGCACUGCCAGUAACUCAAACAAGAGCACGCCUGCCUGCUCACCAGUCCUGCGUAAACGCUCGCGCUCUCCCACACCACAGAGCCAGGAGGGUGAGAAUAUGGUCGAGAAGGGUUCAGACCACUCCUCUGACAAAUCCCCCUCCACGCCUGAGCAGGUCGUCCAGAGAACAUACUCCCUGCAGUCAGCAAGAAGCGGAGGAAAGAACUCAAAGUCUCACAAGCGACUUUCCAAAAAGAGCCAAAGCUGGUACAACCAUGAAAGACAACACAUCCUGAGAGUGCUGAGCCCGACAUACAAGCAGCGCAAUGAGGACUUUAGGAAACUCUUCAAGCAGCUCCCUGACACAGAGAGACUCAUUGUGGACUACUCCUGUGCUCUUCAACGGGACAUCCUCCUGCAGGGACGACUCUACCUCUCCGAGAACUGGAUCUGUUUCUAUAGCAACAUAUUCCGCUGGGAAACACUGCUGACAGUGCGGCUAAAGGACAUCUGCUCAAUGACAAAAGAGAAGACUGCCCGCCUCAUUCCCAAUGCCAUCCAGGUCUGCACAGACACUGAGAAGCACUUUUUCACCUCAUUUGGAGCAAGGGACAGGACAUACAUGAUGAUGUUCAGACUGUGGCAGAACGCACUGCUGGACAAGCCCCUGUGCCCCAAGGAACUGUGGCACUUUGUUCAUCAGUGCUAUGGCAACGAGCUCGGCCUAACCAGUGACGAUGAGGACUAUGUUCCCCCUGAUGAUGACUUCAAUACUAUGGGGUUCAGUGAAGAGAUUCCCAAUGAAGAGAAUGAGAUCAACAAUGACAACUUGUCUAAGAGCAGUGCCGAGGCCAAGCCCGAGGGGAGCCCUCCUCUGCUUCAUAAGAAGGUCAUCCCAAACAGCACCAUCCCCAGCCCAGGCAACCAUGACACACCCAUCGCAUUUGACCUCCCAGCAGAAGAGUAUGCAGACUGCCUACCAGACGGCGAGCUGCUUGCUGUACCACUGUUGGUGGAAGAGAAGAACAUUGAUACCAGCGGGCCUGGUGGUCCUGUCCCCUCACCAUCUCUGGACUUCAAUGACAAUGAAGACAUCCCCACUGAGCUCAGCGAUUCCUCCGAAACACACGAUGAGGGUGAAGUACAGGCCUUCCACGAUGAUCUGAAUGGCAGGCAGUACAUCAAUGAGGUCUACAAAUUCAGUGUGGACAAGCUCUAUGACAUCCUCUUCACAGAGUCGCAGUUCAUGAGUGACUUCAUGGAACAGAGACGAUUCUCAGAUGUGGUGUACCACCCGUGGAAGAAGGAAGAUGAUGGGAACCAGACCAGAGAGAUCCUGUACACCAUCUCGCUGUCCAACCCCCUGGCCCCCAAAACAGCCACAGUCACAGAGACACAGACUCUGUACAAAGCCAGUCAGGAGAGUGAGUGUUACAUCAUCGACGCUGAGGUCAUCACACAUGACGUGCCCUACCACGAUUACUUCUACACUCUCAACCGCUACAUGCUCACAAGGGUGGCCAAGAACAAGUGCCGGUUACGGGUAUCAACAGAGCUGCGCUACAGGAAACAGCCAUGGGGACUGGUGAAGGGCUUCAUAGAGAAAAACUUUUGGAGCGGGUUAGCAGAGAACUUCCGCCAUCUAGAGUUAGAGCUGUCCAAGCUGGAGGAGAUCCUGACCGAGUCCCACCAGCUGUCACCGAAGGCGAAGGUGGUGAAAAACUCCACGGUGAGGCGGAAGAAGAGGCCCCUCCCCCACAUGCGCAGCCAACAUCUGGACGAGGCGCUCAGCCCCGUUACCACACCGACGGAUGAGGAAGUGAUUCAGAGGAUCAAACAAGUGGCAGGCUCCACACAAACCAGACACCAGAGUCCAGAACACCACCACCUGCCCGGUGGCAUCGCGCUCUACAGCGUCUCCAAACUGCUGCUCAUCAUCAGCUUUGUGAUCUGUCUAAGCCUGGUCCUGCUGGUGUUCCUCAACAUGAUGCUGUUUUACAAGCUGUGGAUGCUGGAGUACUCUGCACAGUCCUUAACAACCUGGCAAGGUCUGCGGCUUCAUGAAAGUAAACUGCCUCAGACUCAGAUGGAGUGGGCCCAGCUCCUCGAGGCACAGCAGCGUUACCAUGACGCCGAGCUGCAGAAGUGGAGGGAGAUUAUCAAGUCGUCAGUAGUGCUGCUCGACCAGAUGAAGGACUCUUUAUUGAACCUCCAGCGAGGCAUUGGCUUAAGGGACUACAGCUCUGAGGCUGAAGAGAAGAGAAGUCGCUAUCACUGACACAUCACCAGAAGGCCAUGAGGGCAUGCUGUGCAAUAUAGGACCUGUUUUGUUUGUGAGCCAGUAUGCAGGCAGCAGCAACAGAGAGAGAGAGAGGACAGAGGGGGGAGGUGGGACCAACAGUGAGCUGCUCCAAUAGACACAAAGAGGGGAACAGUCGUCUCCAGCGCACAGAGGUUAAAACCCCCAGGAGGAGGAAAUCAUGGAGUGCCCCAACCACACACAGGAACUGAGGUGUCCCCAACAUCACUGAGGCAUUGUGGGAAGGUGCAAGACCUGCUCCUUCUCUACCCCUGUGGGAUAACCGUUUCCUUCAACUCUCUUUAUUUCCAAGUGCAUCCUACUGUAAGCCAUGUCGACCAGACAGUGGCAGAGAGAAAGAAGGAAAACUACUGCAUGCAUUUAGACAACCUAGAUCCCCUCAGUCAGUGUUAACGUGGUCCAGUUCCAGUCUAUGUGUGUCAAAAAAAAGAAGAACAGGAGACGCGGCGAGAUCGGGUCAGAGAACAUGGGGUCCUUUCGAGUCUUAAUGGCUUUCUACACUCUCUAGACUGUUCCAAACCAAUCGUCCCCUAGAGGUCCUCGCUGCAGCGUCCCUUCAGUAAACCUCCGCGUGAUCAGAGUACAGUAUUGUCCCACAACCAAAAAGGAAAAGAAGUGAUGCAGCUGGGAGCUUAGCUCCACCGAUCAGUCCCUAUUGCCUUGUCUGAACCUGGCCUGUAUGGUCUUUGUCAGGGCUGGUUCCCUGUCAGACCAUUAGUAGAAUCUGAAGAAUCAUGAGACCUAGGCCAGUAUUUUUACCCUUAUACACAAUUCACUUAUUCAGUUGCCCCUGCCAGUGUUAGCUACCUUACAUUGCAUUAUUCCUCAUCCUGCUAAUGAAGUGGAAUGUAUUAGCCUGUGCAAAAAGGACAGACUUUGAUGAAUAAGUUGUAUUCAUCUUUUUAUAAAGGGAUGCUGCAGCCCGACUAAUAGGGAGACCUGUGUUCUUACAUGUUUUAUUACUAAACUGUGACUAUAUCUCUUUAAAAAUGUUUCAAAUUAGAAAGAAUUCUAUGAAUAUAUUUGAAAUAUAUAAGAAUAUUUCAUUAUUUAAUAUAUAUUUCAAAAUAUAUAAACAUUACCUAUAUUUAUUGUUAAUUUAUGUACAUAAAAAAAUUAUCAGAGCUCUAGACCAGUUAAAGAAUUUCUAACAAAAGUGUUUUCUUCUAAAAAUGCAUGCCAGAUAUGUCUGUGACAUGUCCAGUGUGCAAGUAUGAUUCUGCAUUCGCGCGAUUAUCUUCGCGCAUGUGUGUGAGUGUGUAUGAGUGCGUGCGUACGUGCAUGCGUGCAUGUGCGCACAAGUGUGUGCUGUAAAGUGUGACAUUUUUACCAUUCCACACUUGUAUGUUUCUUAAUUUUUCUUUUCUGGCUCCUGCAGCCAGACUGCCUUUUUUAAUGCUAAUGCAUUUGGAUGCCGCCUUGCAUUAGCCCCACCAGGGUACAGUUUACAAUCGAAGAGUUUUGUUCCAAAAUGACAUAUCCAACAUUUGAAAACAAUGUUACGCCUACUUUUACAAAAUAAUUGGUUAUUUAAACUAUUAAUAAAUGUAGCUUAAAUUCAUGGUUGACAAAUAGAAGAAGACAGACUUGAGCAAAAACAUUUUUAACAUUGAAUGAUGAACUUUUUCUCAUGUAAAUGGAUAUAUAACAUUUUGGAGAUGAACCCUUCAUCUGCCCUCUGUGAGCAACUCUUUGUCCAUGUCACCGUAUUAGUGGCUUGACAACUCUUUGCUAAAAGGAAUAGUUUGACAUUUUGAGAAAUUCACUUAUUCCCUUUCUUGCCAAAAGUUAGAUGAUUGCUACCACUCUUGUCUGUACAUUAAAUAUGAAGCUGCAGCCAGCUAGCUAGCUUUGCAAGCUCUUUUUGCUUAGAUAACCAUCUCCUGGCUUUCGGGACGGGAGUGUACCUAUGUUCCUCUGUUCAGUAUCCUCUUGACAUGGGCCAGUAUGUUGAAAUCACCCAGCUAUAGCUUAAAGAUUACUGAUGUUAUACUCAAAUUUGCGAGCAAGACCGUUUUCUUGACUUUAGACAUUGAUAUCUCUACAGUGGACAAAUGGAUGCUUACUAUUCAGUGUGCAUUUUGAACAUCCAUCUCCUUUUCUUUUGCAAUUUGAACUGCAAAGAAUGCCCUUUCCAAUCUCUUACAAUGUUUGUUUAUAUGAAAGGGCACUGACUGGGAACAUAGGUGUGAGCCCAUCUUUAAAUUUUCCCUUUUUUUCUAUUCUUUAUGCUAAGCUAAGCAUCCCCUGGCUGUAGCUUCAUAUAUAGCCUGCAGAUAGAAAGCAUAUAAGAAAGCAAAUAAGCAUAUUUUCUAAAAUGCAGCUAGUUCAACCCAUAUUAUACUCUCCCUUCCCCAUUUGAAGUGUCUGUCUUGGAUGCAAUGAAAGCAUGAGAAUUAACUUUACGCAACUAAAUUGAACCAAAAGAAAGAAUUAGAAAUGUACGUUCACAAAUUAUUAUGUUGUUUUAAAUGAAGUAUUUAUCAUGUAUGUCAUGUAUGUUAUAUGGAUCAGGUGCAGGAAAGAGCCUCUCUUAAGAGUUUGCCAACAGAGACCCCUGACAGCAGACAGACUUCAGCGAUGAAAGCACUUCCAAAAAUUAAAAAUACUUCCUUUUGUUUAAAAAAGAGAAAGUGAAGCACUUUAAGGCCUUUUCAGGUAAAGAAUGAAAGAAAUAAAUGGCAGCAGUUUAGUUUAGAGGGGAAUGCAGGGCUGAGGAAAAUGUUUCUAAUUUGUGUUGUAGUUAAUUUGACAAUCACACUGGUGAUUUACAACUAUCAGUCAUUAGAAAUUUUGGAUUUUAAUCCUGCUGGUUUGUUACUGCUCAAAAAUUGUAUUAUUCUGCCCAAAUAUAAUAUUUGGCUAUUAUUCUAUUUAAUGUGAUUACAUGUGAAUAUCUUUCAAUGUCACUUCCCAAAGCGCAAUCUAAGACUGAAACGUUCUUGUAUAUUUCAGGGCAAGGCAAGCAUGAGUGAAUUGUAUGAGGGAAAACGAAUCUUUACUGUGUGCCUGCAUGGCGUGUUACUGACUGACUUUGUUGAAAACAGCAGAAAAGCUUCAGGAUUGGACCACUGCUGUGUGUGUGCGAAUAUUACAUUUGAAGACAGCACUGAGUAAUGAUAACCCAUGGGAACCUUAUGAGCUGAAUGUGAGUGGUUGGAAAUGUUUUCUGUUUUAUAGAAAUCACUUCCACAAUCCUGACGACGCUGAAAGAUUAAAGUGAAGCUGUGCUUUGUGUAUGUGAUGGUACAAUGUGAUUGAAAUGCUUUAAAGAGUUUGUUUUUCAAAGUGUAUGAUGAAAUGGAUUUUUCUUUUUCAGAUGCUUGAAGUAUUUUUUUGUUUGUUUAGAGAUUACAAACAUUCUCUUACUGUUUUGAUGGAGACACGGCACAUGUGAGAUUUAGUUGGUUUUACUACCCAGCUCUGGUUUUAUUGACACCUGAUUUCACCCUUGGAACACUGACAUUGUAUUUACUGUGAAAUCGUUUAUAGUGACACACAAGUUUUAAUAUUGAACUGCUGUAAAACCCACAUCAACUCUGUCCAAAUUACAUAUUCAGGCUUUGGGCCUCCAAGGAACUGUCACAGCAGACCUGAAUUUAAGUUCAUCAAUUUCAAUAAUUAUGCAAAUUAGGUAUUUUCUCAUCAUUCCCUUCAAAACUCCAUGAUUGUCAUUGCCACCAACAAAUUUGACUUAAACAAAUCUAAUCGAUUUCUCACAGAUAACACCUGUUUGUUGUGUUUUGCUUAUUUUUGUAUUUAGUCUUUCUUUUCUAGUGUGCACUCACACAGUUACCUGCGUUACACGAAUGAUUGUAUGAUUGCUAUCGCUGCACGGCUGUGAAACCAAGGUGACCCCGAGAGUUCUGGAUGCCACCGUUUUGUCACUAACAACAAAUGAAUUGUGCGCUGUAUUAAUUGGAAUUUGCCUUGCUGUCACAGAGCCGGCGAGACAUUUGUGCAACGCCACCCAUACAACACGUCGCUAACAGCCUUGGUUAACACACACGGUAGGAAUCACACACAACCUUCUGAAAAUGGCCACUCAUCAAACUCACAGCAAAUGCUCUUCUUUGAGUGUGUCUUGAUAAAAUAUGUCCUGGUGUAGAUCUGUUCAAAAAGAAUUCUACUGUAUGUUUUUUUAGAAAAUGUUUUGAUCUCUAGAGAGACUUUUAGUGAAAUUUAUACAUGAGAUAAAUAUACUCUAAGUAUAUGUUGUGUAUAUCUGCAGUGUGCAAAUACACACACACACACACACACACACACACACACACACACAGACAGACAAAAGAAACCAACCUGCGCUGUGCGUAGGUUUUGACUUGCCGGUGACUUUUCCUCAUAGAGACUGAUGAUGGAAGUGGCUUUCUGGUUCAUGUGAAGUAGAGAUUGGAAGUAUGAAUAAAAAAGUAUAUAAUAUACAA